ACCUUUGCAUGCGCGCCCCUGUCAUCCCCAUAGCUCUGAAAGAUCAGUAUUCCAGUAACACACCCUAGGUUUCCGAGCCUUGUCUUAUAGUUAAGGAGGAAGGCCUUCCAUGCACGGCAAAAAUGGAAAUCUACGAGCCGAUCGAUCUCGAACGCCCCGCAUUCCGACUCUUGCGACUUUUUAGAGGCGGUGGGCAAAACAAUAUCGAAUGCGGGCUCUUUCAAGCUUACUUCGACGGCGAUGACCUGAUACCUUAUCAUGCAUUAUCGUAUACAUGGGGCGGAACUGUAACGUCUUCAGCUGUGACGGUUAAUGGAAAGAUGCUUGGUAUCACAGAGAAUUUAUACCUGGCGCUUCAACAUUUGCGUAGGGAAGACACAGAUCAGAUCCUUUGGGUUGACGCAAUCUGCAUUAACCAAGACAACAAGGAAGAACGGGGACAUCAGGUUCAACAAAUGACAAAGAUAUACUCCCAAGCUGAGGAGGUGAUCAUCUGGUUAGGCACUGCAGAAUAUGAGACGAAUGUCCUUAUGGAUUCUCUUAAGGAACUUAGGAAUGAGAGCUUAAAGUACGCCUGUAGAGAUUGGAAGCUUGCAGACGAGCGCUGGACCACUCUUUGGUCAUCAGUGCGACACAAACUGGAGCGUCAACAUCCAAAUCUUCCGGCUUUACACGAUAAAGGUCUAGACCUCCUUCUGAACCGGCCUUGGUUUGAAAGGGUAUGGAUCCUCCAAGAAGUGGCCAACGCAAAGAGGGCCUCAGUACGCUGCGGCAGCAGAUCAGUUCCAGCGUAUUUCUUUGCUCUUGCUCCUUUACUAAGGGCAAAGGAUCAUUGUCAAGAUGUCUUAGGCAUCAUGCCUCCUUGUCAAGCUGUCUUAGACAUCAUGCCUGGACAGUCAAGACAAGGUUCAUGGUGGAACGAGAAGAGAGAUCUGCAUACCCUUUUGCAGAAGUUCAGCAAUAGCAAAGCUGGUGACCCACGAGAUUUGGUUUAUGCCUUGCUUGGAAUAUCCUCCGAUUCAAGAAAAGCCCGCUACCUACGUCCAGACUACAAUAAAACUGUCCAAGAAGUCAUCUGCAAUACUGCUGUGUUUAUAUUGGAGCAUUCGGAAAUUUCCUACGCCAGUCUUCAGAGCUUAAUACGCACGCUGCCUUCCCUGCGCAAAGCAUACUUCGACAAAAAUAGAAUUUAUCUUACAUCCGGCACAAGUCAGCUUGUAAACACAAAGAAAACCGUUGAGACUGCAGCGGCAAAUGGAAAAGAUGGGAAGGAAAUGCUGAACCUCCUGGAGCAGUAUGGAGCAGAAAUUGAGAUUACAGAAGCAGUAGUGGUAGCCGCAGCAAACAAUGAGGAAGGUGGGCCGGAAGUGAUGCAACUUCUCCUACAGCAGCGUGGAAUCGAAGUAGAGAUUACUAGAGCGGUAGUGAUAGCCGCAGCUAAUAACAAGAAGAGUGGAGUAGCACUGAUGGAGCUUCUCCUGCUCCAGCGUGGAGCAGAACUUCGGAGUAUAGAAGUGUUAGUCGCAGGUGGAACGAAUGGCAAAGAUAUCAUGACGCUCCUCCUCGACCGUCGCGGCGCAGACGUCCAGAUCACGCAAGAGGUUAUUGUCGCGGCUGCAGGGAACUCCAGCAAUGGCAAGNNNAUCAUAACACUCCUCCUCGACCGUUGCGGCGCAGACGUCCAGAUCACGCAAGAGGCUGUUGUCGCCAUUGUUAAGGAAUUUGAUAAAGAUGUAGUUACACUUCUCCUAGACCAUCGCGGCGCAGACGUCCAGAUCACGCAAGAAGUCCUUCUUGCAGCUGCAAGGAACUCCUGGAAUGGCAAGGAAAUCAGGACACUCCUCCUCGACCGUCGCGGCGCAGACGUCCAGAUCACGUAAGAAGUCCUUGCCGAACCUGCAGGAAAUUACAGGAAUGGGAAGGACCUCAUGACAGAGGACACGAGAUGGUAAUUUAGAUAUGGCUCUUAACAUUUCCACCUACCCCGCACCUCCUACAGCUCAUUGCAUCGUC